AUGUAUCUGCUGCUGUUGCUGCUGCUGACAGGAUUAGGAGAGAGUGGAGAGUGGUAGUGUACGGAGCCCACCCCUUUCCUGAGGCUCGAGCUUUCCUUUCCCAGCGUCCACAGCACUGGCAGUCCCACUAAUGAAUAAUUUGCUCAGUAAGGUGUGACCACAGGCAUUGUGUAUUUGAAUUUCACACUGGCGGAUUGAAGUGGGGAGAGAGAGAGGGAGAGAGAAAGAGAGAGAGCGAGGCAGAAACUCUGUUUCUCACAGAAGAAAGAGCAUACCCACAGCAUUGCAGCAGAGGGCAAGGGGAAUUUCAUUUCAAAUAUCAUUACUAGCCGAGCGAACUAAAGAACAAUUAUUACGGUCGAAAUCCCCCUGGUGAAUUUACAGAUGAUGGAAGACUGCUUAUGACUACAGUUUUUUUUAUUUUAUUUAUUUAUAGCAAGGACGCAAUGCUUGAUCAAAGCUAUAUGUUGAUUAUUGUUCUUUGGUGUUCACUAUCAGGGACCUCUGUUCCUGAAACUGAGGUGCAAAAUGUGGUGGCACACACCUCACCACCAUCCCCAAAGACAGACCCAGUUCCUCAUCACCAGUCUUCAAUUGUGAAGCUUGGCACCUUCUCUAGACCAUCUUGGGUGCCUACGGACCUCACAAUAGCAUCUAAAACACCUUCAUUCAUUUUAUUACCCUUCAGUCUGCCAGCUGAUUUUCAGCAUAAAAACAGGAAUGUUGAAUCUACCAGACCAAGUACAGUGGGCAUGAGUACAAGCCUUGGGCCUUCACCAAUCCAACCAUUAUUCAAAAGAAAGAAAGACAAAAACUUUCAAACCGAAAGACCCAUGGAAACAGGGAAUACGCCAAGAAAUAAUAAAAAUGAUUUUGCAAGACCUAGCACUGUGUCGCUGCCCUCCGAAACUGUGAUACCCUUGAUGUUUACAUCUGUCAAGACUGGAACAGGCAGCAGUCUUCCAACUUACGCAAAGGAACGUCCUCUUGACCAAACUACUUUGCCUAUUUACACUUUCACAAGCAACCAAGAAAAAACAUAUACAACUAAGGAAGGAACACUGGAUAAAAGGCUUUUUACGACAACCAAAAAUAGUAAUAAUACUCUACCUGCCCCUGACAUCUUGAUCUUGGAGCUUCUUACUCCAUCACAAUCCCCAAAAUCAUUCAACCUUGAAUCGCCAACGCCAGGGACAGUCACAGUAGACAAUGUGAGGUUGGAAUCAACUGGAUUACCCAUUAGCCAGGAUCAGGAACCAACUACUGUGAAUAAACAAAAUACUGAAUUGAGGUUAAUAGAGAGGGAAAUGGCCACAAGUACUGACAAUGAGGACAUGGGAUUGCUCCCCACAGUUGCCGAUGAAGUUGUAUUUAAUGAAAGCGAAAUACAACAUGAAGAUGUUUCCCAAAAAACAAUGUUUUCUAAGUCACCAGGAACUGAAACAUUAGACACAACCUUAUCUUAUGUAGACAGUGGGUUUGACAGCGAGGACCUAGCACCCAUCAGCCCUACAGAAAUGGCACAGGACCAUCUGGUAGCUGUCACCCAUUCCCCUUCAAAAACCUCUGUUCCAGAGACAGCAGGUACAGAGUCUUAUCAGGAUUGGUCUUCAGAGACAGUGAAUGUUGAUCCAUCAGCUUUGUCUGACUGCAACCAAGCUGGAACUGGGGGAUGUGAAUCCUCAGAUACCUGGAGUUCUGCCGUUCCAGAUGAUGAGGAACCAGAAAAUGAAUCCUACAACCUGUUUCUACUUCCCCCGAUGUUUGUUCCUCUUCACGCAGAUUGGAACAGUGCAAUGGCAACAUGGGGUAUUGCCUGGGAAGCCCACAUCUAUGGAGUAGGAUCAUUGUUUUCUCUAGUGGUCUUCCUUUCAGCUCUAAGCCUGCUGUGUCUACCUUUUAGAUGCCCAUCAGGCUACAGUUACUUUGUGACCAUUGAUAUGUUUCUUUUGAUAACUGGUUCCAGCAGAACAUUCUCCAUGUUUUACGAUGCCUAUAACCACCAGGACAAGUUAGCUGCAACUGCAAUAGUACUCCUGUAUGAAGUGCCAUUUCCUUGCCUCACCUCUGCUUUUGGAAUUGUGUUCCUGCUCCUUUCAAUGAGGUCCAGGAUGCAGUUGUCCUACUCUAUAUUUCAACACCCAUGCUUCUUAGCCAUAGUAGUGAUCCUGCACUUUUCAUCCUCUUUAGGCUCAAUUCUGGUAGUGCAACUCUUCAGUCAGCUUCCUUGGCUGUUUUUUGUGUCACAAGGAGUAUUUGUGGCCUUGACGGCCUUUAUGUCCAUUUUAUACUUCAUUUUCUACUGUUAUGUGAGAGCAGAUGCCAAGCACAUUUACCAUUUAAACAAUACUUCUCCACCAAUAGAAAGGCACAAUAGGUGUCCUUUUGCAGACUUAAAGGAUUGGGAUAAAGCAGCAAUGACAGCAGCAUUCUCUGCAUUGUUUGCACUAUUAUGUGCAGCUCUUCAGUUGUAUGCCAUGCUGCAUGCCUUGGGAUUUGGUGGAAUGGAAGUAUUCCACCCUUGGCCCUGGUGGGCCUUCCAUUUGAGCUGCAGGAUAUGCGAGGUUGGCAUGUGCCUUACCUUGGCCCUCAUUGUAAUGUAUCCUCUCUUUUGUUCUAAUGAUGCACCCCAGCGUAGCUGUUGGUCCAAGAUAUUCUGCAUGUCCCACGGCCACGUGACAAUGAAAUCACCCAUCCUCCCAAACAACUACCAGUGGUCUUCCUCCCAGCAGGAGAAGCUGGUGAUCUGCGACACCAUCGCCCGGGGUGAAAAUGAAUGCCUUCCUCUGUAUACAUUAGUGGAGAACCACCUCAGCAGCAUAGAAGGCCUUGAUCUUUUAUACCAUAGUAACAGGGGGUUAUUAGCAGAAGACAUGGAGUUAAAUAUAAAGCCCAUAAACAGCUCAAGAACCUCCUCUUUCAGCAUCCAGAUGGACAGUGACUCCACAGUAGACCUCAGGCCCCCCUCCCCAAUAAAUCUGGGACGCAGCAUAGAUGAAGCUCUUUUCAGUGAAGCCCUUUUUCCCCAAAGCCUCUUCCAGAACUCUAAGCCCUACAGUUCCAGCAACUUGUCUCUCGGUGUUAAAAACACAGGGGACAACGGAGCUUUCAAAGAGAGCGCUGCUGACCGAGGCCUCUACAGGACGACUUCUUGCAUAGAGAUGGACUUGGUGCCGCCAUUGAAAGGUUCUGUAUCCAGUUCCAGUACAUUAAAUGCAACAUCAUCCACUGAGCAGUGGCAAGGCAGCAGCAGAAGCUGUCUUUACAAACUGUCCCACGACGGAUCAUCACUGGUGCUCUGCUCAAGUCCAGAGAGGCUUGGCUACUCAUCCCUUGGCAGUAACCAAAUCCCAUCAAGAAACCUGUCCCACUCAAGCUUAGACCAGGAACCUCAAAUUCAAAGAUAUUACCAGGUCUUGGGUUCUGCUUUCCAGGAGUCAUCGAACAAGCCUGGAGAAUCAGGUUUAGCUCUUCAAUCUGAAUUUAUGAACGUUUGCAGACAAAUUGAUGAGCUGAGUGUUAGCAGUGACACAAUAGACUUGUAGGACAGUGAUCUCAAUCCUCCUGACCCAGCACUGUAAAUCGAAGAGGUUUGCAGUAAAAAAAAGAUAAAGUUUUAAUACCACAAAGAAUAAUGUUUUUGAUUAAACUAACAAAUUAUUUGUAUAAAAUGAGGCAUCAGAGUAAAAUGCUUUUUAUUUUUGAAUCUAUGUAUCUAAAAAGCGGAGCCCUUCAAGAUCAUCUAAAACCAAGUACUGCUAGAGACACAUGUGAGCUUUUACUUGCAGUAGCCUUUGAGAUCAGCUACUUCAGUCUUGGUUCCAGAUGUGAAUGACUUUAUUUGCCUAGAUUCUCUAGUUGUGAUAUACUGUACAAUGAUACUUUCCAGGCACAAUGUCUGUGAAAGUUGCCAAGUGCCAUAGACUGGACAGACCUAAAGAGAUUUUUGUCAACAGAUUGAGAAGACGCAAUGAGGUUAAAUGUGAAAAUUAUUUUAAUACAUCUGUAGCCUUCAGAACGAUGUAGAUACUACCGUUAGUUCCAUUGAGCAUUUGUUUACAAUAGCAUUAUAUUUGCUUAAAUAAAUUAGCAUACAACAUAAGCGGUUGCCACGCAAUCUUCAUGGUGUUAUAAUGAAAAUAAAAUAAUUCAGUUGCAGAUAGGAUGCAUACAAACAUCUAAUGGUAUUUUAAAUUUGGUUUAUAUUAGGGCUGUCAAUUCAUCGCAGUUAACUUCUGCAAUUAACGCGUACAUUUUUUGGGAAAUACAUUUUAACGCACGCUAAUCGCACUCCUGUCUUGUCCCUCUUAGUAUACCGUAAUUCAUGUCCUGCGGCACCAUUUUAGUGCAUGCCAGGAUUGAAGGUGUGUCAUCAUCAUUUGAAUAUAAAAUGAGUCACGGAACCAGAUUAUGUAGCAAAGCACUCAAACUGAAAAAUUUGUGAAUGGGAUAUUUAUUUAUUUAUUUUUUAAACUUUGAUGUUUCAUUGGUUAGAAAGAAGGUUAUUUGUAGCUACUGUCAAAGUGAGUUCCAGUAUCAUAGACGUGCAUCUAGUCUGCUGUACCAUCUGUGUCCUAAACAUGCUUUAAUUUCUCGCACUAGUAUUUUUUCUGCUACAGACAACAAUACAACAAUAAAUGAAACCUGUCAGUUUGGACAGAGAAAUUCAGGAUCGCUGCAAACCCAUGAAUCAAGCCAAGUAUGAUACUAGAAUAACCAGUGCUGUUGGAUAGCUUCUGACGCUGACCCAUUAACAUUGUAGCUUUGUUUUAUUUCAAUAACCACAUUUAUUUUUUAAAUCGCUAUUAUUUACAAUUAUGGAAGAUAUAACUGUUACUCAGUGAAUGUUUUAUUUAGGCAAUUUCAAGUUAUUAAUAAAAUACACUUAAAUCAUUAUUAUUAAUUCUCAUCAUUUAAAACAUCAGUUUUAUGAGUAAAGGAAACUGAUCAUUGUAAAUGCAGUAAGGUGAGUAAUAAACUGACUCCAUUGUGUUGGUCAAACGAUUUAACAACAAAUGCUGGAUUGUAAACAAAUAUAAAACUAUAAAGAGAAUCCAGAAAUAGGAAAACAGGGGUUUUAUGCGCGAUUGUUUUUUGGACAAUACUACUACUACUACUACUACUACUACUACUACUACUACUACUACUACUAAUAAUAAUAGCAUCAGUAAUAAACAUGGAUGCAGUAAUUGUGUCAAUUAAAUACGCGAUUAAAACCAAGAUUCCUUUUUUCUCUCAAAAUGAAUCACGAUAUAUAUAUUUUUUUUUAUCACUUGACAGCCCUAGUUUAUAUACAAUAUGUACAUAUAUAUUCCAACUACUAAAUCCCGCCACCCCCAGUGGGUGGUAAUUCUUUUUAAAUUUUUUACAUUUAUACAUGAUUUAGUUGGGAGGAGUCUUGACAUGAGAUCAAUAAUGAAAUUUAAUUGCCAUGAAUUAUUGUCAGCGUUUGUACAAGGGCAAUGAUUGUGCUAUUUAGUAGUGUCAAGUUUUUCAUUGUUUCUACUAAUUUAAUAUUUUAGUACGGUGUACCAUGUUAUUUGCUUCCAUUUCAUAAAACUAAAUAUUGUAAAAAGUAAAUGAUUUUUUACAUUUAUAAAUGUUUACUGUUGAUUUACAUGCAUGUUAAAAAGAUGUCUGCAUAAAUAUGACCCAAUGCUUAUUGUAAGAAUGUAUAAGAAAAGCAGGUUUAUUUGUUAUUAGAUACACUGUUAAAUGUUUAAACUACAUUCCAA